AAUUGAACUCACAUGGAUUAACAUAUAUUUCUUAGGAGGAAAGAAUCAUAACAUCACCUACUUCUAAACAAAGUUUUACUUGAAAGAGAAAACUAUAAAGACCACUCUCCUUUUAGUCAUUACUAUUUUAGCAGUGUCAGUCUGUAUCACAUAUUUUAGUGUAGGGCUCACUCACCCCUUAAUGGAAGGUGAGGAUCAAUUGUCAGAUAAUAUAAACCAAACCAAACCGAACCAUUUUCUCAAACUAUGCAACUGUUGGAAAAAACCCUUAUAUCAUGGUUUGGUUUGGGUAAUGGCUACUCCUCCUACUAGAGUGAGUGAGGGAGUGAGUGAGUCAAUAUCAUCAAACAGAAAAAGAAGAGGCACAAUAAAGAGAAAGGCAAAUGCACACAUCAUCACCAUCAUUACAAUCAUCACUUACCAGCCCACAUACCAAACCUAAAUUACAAACAAUUCUCUCUCUCUCUCUCCACCUUUUAUUUCAACCCUUCUUCCCCACCUUUUCCCUCCUUUUUGCAAUUGCACCCUCUCUUGCUUGCACCCUCAUACACCCAUCCAUGUCUCCUUUCCCUUUCUCUCUCUCUUUCAAAAGGGUGUUCUUAUUCAACAAGAUUUCUAUAUUUAAGUACAAGAGAAGAGAUAUAAAUUCCUCUUCUUUUCCACAACUUCAUUGAUGAGUUUCUUCUCUCCCUUGUAACACCUUUUCUUCUCUGUCCUGUUUCUAUACCAAAGAAGAAGAAGAAGAAAAAAGAUUUCUUUGAUUUCAGAAGUAGGAGUUGAAGGCAGGAAGAAGCAGAAGAAGAGCUAAACAAUGGGCAUGAGAGGAAGAAGACUUAAUUAUUGUCAUAUUGUGAUUUUCCUAUUGGGUCCUUGCCUUUGUUCAGGUUUAAGGGUAACUGUCAAGGAAGGCAUUGGACACAUCAAAGUUGUAAAUCAUGAAGAGAAAAAACCAAAGUUUACUUCCCAAAUAUCCACCACUCAAAAGGACAUUACAACACCAAUAACAACUGUUCCAACAUUAACUCCAACCAAUCCCACCACUUCAUCCAUACCAAUUGUGAACCCGAAUUCGAAUCCAGAUUCGAGCUCUCCUUUUACCAUGACACCUACUCUCACUCCAACCACUACUACUACUACCACUGCUGCAACCCCUGCUUCUUUAGGUUCAAGUUGGUGUGUUUCUAGUCCAAGUGUGUCACAAACUUCAUUACAAGUUGCUUUGGACUAUGCUUGUGGAUAUGGUGGUGCUGAUUGUUCUGCAAUUCAGCCUGGUGGAAGUUGUUACAAUCCGAAUAACAUCCGAGACCAUGCUUCUUAUGCAUUCAACAGCUAUUACCAGAAGAACCCAGUUCCAAAUAGCUGCAAUUUUGCUGGAACGGCUGUUGUCACUAGCACUAAUCCAAGUACAGGGACGUGUCUAUUCCCAUCCACUAGUACUAGUUCUUCAGUGUUGAACACAACAAAUUCAAGUGGCUCAACAGUUUUUGGUGCAGUACCAUCUGGUCCCCCCCCACCACCUACAUCUGCAGCAGCAGUUGCUGACUCAAGUACUAGUUUCCCACAUUUGUUCAUCAUGACAUGUUUCUUGGUGUUUCUACCCAAAUAAUAGUCACAACAAGUAAAAAAAAAAGACCAUUUCUUUGAAGAUUUUAACCUGCCCAUCUGGUAUUUUUGGGACUUAUUUUUGUGCAUACUGAGAAAGCAUUUCUGGAUCUUGAUAUUGCUGAUUAACUGAAGACAGGUUUGAAGCUUUAGAUUCCUCCAAGUAAGAUUGAUUUACACUUAUAAAUGGGAGAGAAAGAGAGAGACAGAGACAGAGACAAAUACAAAUAGACACAAGUAUUGGGUUCUUGUAGAUUUAACUAUAGUUUUUCUUCUGCUUUUCCUUUUUUUUUUUUGUUUUUUUUUUUUUUGGUAGAUUAGAGAAAUAAUAUUUACCUGAAACAAGCUAGCCAGCUAGCCUUUGUAAAUCUAUGGGAAUGAAAUGUUUUGUUCGAUGCUGAUAAUGUUGUACCCUCAUUAUUAAACAUGGAUUUGAAAGGUUUCCAAACCACUAA